CGGCCGCUCGGCUCCGCGCUCGGCUCGGGUCCGCGGCCGCUGCGGCGCCGGGCAUUUCUCCGCAGCUCGGCUCGCGGCCGCGCCCGCCCGGCCCGCGCCCAUGCAGGCCAUCAAGUGCGUGGUGGUCGGCGACGGCGCCGUGGGGAAGACCUGCUUGCUGAUCAGCUACACGACCAACGCCUUCCCGGGAGAGUACAUCCCCACCGUUUUCGACAACUACUCUGCGAACGUGAUGGUGGACGGGAAGCCGGUCAACCUGGGGCUGUGGGACACCGCCGGGCAGGAGGACUACGACCGGCUGAGGCCACUGUCCUAUCCCCAAACUGACGUCUUUCUGAUCUGCUUCUCUCUCGUGAGCCCGGCGUCCUUUGAGAAUGUUCGAGCCAAGUGGUACCCCGAGGUGCGACACCACUGCCCCCACACGCCCAUCCUCCUGGUGGGCACCAAGCUGGACCUCCGUGACGACAAGGACACCAUUGAGCGGCUGCGGGAUAAGAAGCUGGCGCCCAUCACCUACCCCCAGGGCCUGGCCAUGGCCCGGGAGAUCGGCUCUGUCAAGUACCUGGAGUGCUCAGCCCUCACUCAGCGGGGCCUGAAGACCGUGUUUGACGAGGCCAUCCGGGCUGUGCUCUGCCCACCCCCUGUGAAAAAGCCCGGGAAGAAGUGCACGGUCUUCUAGAGCCAGCUUCUGGAGGAGUGACCCCGCCCGGGCCCGUGCUUGCUGUCGUGUCGAGAUGUUUGGUGUCCCUGAGUCUGCUGUGGGGGAGUGGUGUGGGUGGG